AUGAAUGCGUUCCACGAUACGAGUCAACGUCAGGGGUCGUCUCUUAAAUGUGAGGAGCUGAAGCAUCGAGAAGGAAAGUGGAGUCAAGGAAUAGUGGAGGUGGAGAGCUGUCCAUAUGGAAGGACAAGAGAAGAUGAAGAUGAAGACGAGGAGGCCGAAUACAACCGAACCAUCCAAAUUUCAUGUGAAGCCUUGGACUUGGAGAUCUAG